AUGGGGGAGCUGGCACUGGCCCUCCUGGCUCUCGCCGCCCUGCACGGUGCCGGGGCGUCAGAGCCCCUGGAGAACAACUCGGAGCCGGGCAAGAGCGGCGCGGCGGGGAAGCCCUGGAAAGCAGCUCCCAGCCUGGCAGACCUCGACCUGGACACGGCAGGGAGAGGAGCCGAGUGGACGUCCUGGUUCAAUAUCGACCACCCCGGGGGGGACGGGGACUACGAGAGCCUGGAGGCCAUUCGCUUCUACUACCGUGGACGCGUCUGCGAGCGGCCGGUGGCCAUCCAGGCCCGCACCACCGAGUGGGAGCUGCCCGAGGACGUGGGCGAGGUGGUGCACGUCAGCCCCAAGAAGGGUUUUCGCUGCAUCAACAAGGAGCAGCCGCAGGGCAAGACCUGCUCCAACUACCACAUCCGAUUCCUCUGCCCACUGGAGUCAGCAUGGAUGGAGUGGGGGACCUGGGGCCCCUGUUCUCGCAGCUGCGGCAGUGCCGGGACACGUGUCCGGCGCCGGAGCUGCAAGAAAGCCAAGAAAGUGCCGUGCGCUGGCCGUCCCACCGAGGUGCAGAAAUGUCCCCCCUCGCCCUGCCCAGGUACCUCCUGCCCUGAGCGCACGCUGCAGGGCACCGUCGUCUCCGCCACCGGCACGGCGCUGCCAGAUGCCCGCAUCUACCUGGAGGGCCGCCCGCCGGUGCUGCUGGCCCGCAGCGAUGCCGACGGGCGCUUCGCCGCGGCGGGGCUGUGCGAGGGCACCGCUGCCAACGUCAGCGCCCACCGGGAGGGCUUCGCCCCAGGACUAGCACCCAUCGUCUCCAACGGCUCUGGCGUGGCGGUGGCGAAUGUGACGCUGCAGAGACUGGAGAAACCCUACAUGGUGCUGCACCCCAAGGCAAAGGUGCGGGUGGCCGGGCAGGAGGUGACCUUCUGCUGCAAAGCCUCGGGCACCCCCGUGCCCAAGAAAUACUACUGGUACCACAACGGGACGCUGCUGGAGAGGAAGGUGUACCGGUAUGGCAGCCACCUGGUGCUGCGGGGGCUGGCGCCGGAGCAGGCUGGCACCUACCACUGCAAAGCCAGCACUGAGGCGGGCGCCAUCAAAUCGGCGCCGGCACAGCUCACCGUGCUGGCCCAGGGCCAGCAGAGCUGCAAGCCAGAGCCUGAGCCGAGCCUCGUGGAGCUGCCCAGCGAGUGCCCGCAGGAUGCCGCCGGCUCCCGCUACUACGACGUGGGUCGCUGUGCGCCCACCCCGUGUGCCGGCGGCCCGGCCGAGCGGUCAGGGUGCGGAGCGGACACGGGGCACUGCUGCGGGGUGCGGAGGAUGGAGAUGCGGGAGAUCCCCUGUGCCGGCUUCGUGCUGCCCAUCAAGGUGGUGGCCGAGUGCGGUUGCGGACCCUGCACCCAGCCCCGCAUCCUGGUGCAGGGACGGGUGACGGCAGCUGACACCGGCGAGCCCCUGCGCUUCGGGCAGAUCUUCCUGGGUGGGAGGAAGGUCGGCUUCACCGGCUACAAGGGCUCCUUCACCAUUGAGGUGCCGCCGGACACGCAGCGCUUGGUGGUUCGCUUCGUGGACCGGCAGCAGAGGUUGGUGGAUGCCGUCAAGGUCCUGCCCUUCAACCGCCGUGGCGGUGCCAUCUACCAGGAGGUGAAGAUGCUGCGGAAGAAGGAGCCGGUGGAUCUGGACGGCAGCCGGAGCAACGCCAUCCCGCUAGGGGAGGCGAGCGGCCAGGAGCCCAUCGGGGAGCUUGUCCUUCCCGCCGGCAUCUUCCUCCGUCCCUCUGGGGAGGUCUUCAGAGGCACAGUCAAAGCCAGCGUCACCUUCCUGGACCCCAGGGACAUGGCAACAGCCAGCGCCGCCUCCAGUGACCUCAGCUUUGCCAACGCCGAGGGGGAGAUCGUUCCCUUGCGGACCUACGGCAUGUUCGCUGUAGAUUUUCUGGAAGGGGAGAGCGGCGCGGCGUUGCAGACAGGGCCGGUGGAGGUGCGGAUGGAUGCGGGGCAGGUCCGGAUGCCGGAGCACCUGCAGAAGAUGAAGUUGUGGUCCUUGAACCCUGAGACCGGCUUGUGGGAGGAGGAGGGGGUCCUCCGGCCAGCCAGGGGGAACCGGGGAAAGAGGGAGGAGAGGACCUUCUUGGUGGGGAACCUGGAGAUCCGGGAGCGGCGUCUUUUCAACCUGGACGUGCCGGAGGACCGCCGCUGCUUCGUCAAGGUCAGAGCUUACAGCAAUGAGAAGUUCAACCCCUACGAGCAACUGGAAGGGGUGGUCAUCAGCCUCAUCAACCUGGAGCCCCAGCCCGGCUAUCCUGCCAACCCCCGGGCGUGGGGUCGCUUCGACAGCGUGGUGACAGGUCCCAACGGAGCCUGCCUGCCUGCUUUCUGCGACGGCCAGCGCCCCGACGCCUACUCGGCGUAUGUCACUGCCACGCUGGGUGGGGAGGAGCUGGAAGCCGUGGCCUCCAGCCCCAAGCUCAACCCCAAUGCCAUUGGGGUGUCCCAGCCCUACCUGGGCAAGCUGGGCUACCGUCGGUUGGACCACGAUGACCCCAACUUGAAGAAGACAGCUUUCCAAAUCAACGUGGCCAAGCCUGACCCCAACAACGUUGAUGAGACCAACGGUCCCAUCUACCCUUACCGCAGCCUUGAGGAGUGCGAGGAGGCGCCGGUCAGCGCCAACCACCUCCGCUUCUACCGCGUGGAGGUGGACAAGUAUGAGUACAAUGUGGUGCCCUUCAAGGAGAGCGACCUGACCUCCUGGACCGGCGACUACCUCUCGUGGUGGCCCAACCCUCAGGAGUUCAGGGCUUGUUUCAUCAAGGUACAGAUUGAGGGGCCGCAGGAGUACAUGGUGAGGUCCCGUAAUGUGGGGGGCAGCCACCCCCGCACCCGGGGGCAGCUCUACGGGCUGCGUGACACCCGUAGCGUGCGGGAUACGCUGUUGGAGAACACCUCAGGUGCCUGCGUGGAGUUCAAGUGCAGCGGUAUGCUCUUCGACCAGAGCCUGGUGGAUCGCACCUUGGUCUCCAUCGUCCCCCAAGGCAGCUGCCACCGCACGGCCGUCAACAGCCUCCUCCGGGACUACCUGAGCCGUCACCCGCCUGUGGCAGACAACAACCACACGGCCGCCUUCACCAUGCUGGCACCGGUCGACCCGUUGGGUCACAACUACGGCAUCUACACGGUGACGGACCAGAACCCGCGGUUGGCCAAGGAGAUCGCCAUCGGCCGUUGCUUUGAUGGCACCUCCGACGGCUUCUCGCGGGAGAUGAAGGCGGAUGCGGGUACGGCCGUCACCUUCACCUGCCAGGAGCGGCCGCCGGGGCGGGAGAGCUUCUUCCAGCGCUUGCUGACGGCCCCGGCCGAGGCGCUGGCCGAGAUCCGGCGGGAGAUGGGGGCCGGCGAGAUGCGCCGGGCUCCCCCCGAGGUGAUGGACUUCGCCUCCGGCGCCCGAGCCCUGGGCCCCACGGCCACCCUCCGGACCCCCAGCAGCCGCCGGAGGAUGGGCCGGAUCCAGGGGCAGCCGUGA